GGCUUGUGAAACAGGAAAAGAUUAAGAAGGAGAGAAUGAGGCAGGCAACAGAAAGAGAGGAGGAGAGAUGAGAGAGACAGAAGCUCUGCUGCAGAACACACCUCAUCUCCAUUUUAGCUGGAGGGAGAGAGAUUCAGUCAGUGUCAAUUUACUCUUCAGCUCAAGUGACAGAGAGAGAGAGGAAAGAUAGGGAAGUGAUAUCUCAGGAAUCUUCAAAAAUCCACAAACGUCUGACUGAGAGGGAGAAGAAGGAGAGAAAAAAAACAUUCUGGGAUGUGAAGCAUUUGCAAAGAAAGCAAAGGAAGAAAGGAGGAAAUGACAGAGAGAGAUGUAGUCGGUGCUUCAGUUGCGGGGUUCUGAAAACUUUCAAGCCUGACAGUUGCCCAUAAGUGAGCCGCCACGCUGGGAGUCCUUCACCUGUGGCCAGGAUGUGAGAUCGAUAGUGUGACAACAAAGGCCGCCAUCGAGCUACAGCCAGUCCCCGAUGUUCUACCACCAACCAAAGUUAUACAUAAAAAACAUUUGUUUGGGUCCUUGACUACAAGGGGAACUUAGACGUUUCAGGUUUUUUGAAUGAGGACAUUGAACCAUGUGAUCUUUUUUGCACACACACCUUGAAACUGUUAAUAACACAUCUUAAUACACAAUUCUGGUCCAAAUGAUUCAUCUCGCAUCAUCUUAACAAACUCUUCCUCACCUUGUCUGAAUCAGCUUCUGUGACCGGCGAGGAUUAUGCGGCCGACUUUAGUGUUUCUACAGUCGCAGUGUUUCCUGUGUGUGUUUGUUGGUGUAUGUGUGCCCGCUGUUGUGGGCUCAGUACCUCUCGCACUACCAUGGCAUGUCUCCUGCCCGGUGCAGUGUGUGUGUCAGAUCAAGCCGUGGUUCUCCCCUGAUUCUGUCUACCAUGAAGCUCCCACUGUGGACUGCAAUGACUUGCUCUUGACCCAUCUCCCCAUACCGAUACCCCCGAACACACACACCUUGCGCCUGCAGAGCAACAUUCUGUCUGAGCUAGACACUGCGAUGCUGCACGGACUCGCCAACCUCACUGACCUUGACCUUUCCCAGAAUCGCUUCAGCCGUGUCAGGACAAUAAGUCAGAGCUCCUCCCUGCCCUCUCUACGGUCUCUACACAUGGAGGAAAACCAUAUCAGUCACCUCCCUGAGGCCUCAUUCUCCUCACUGCCAGCUUUGCAGGAACUCUUCCUCAGCCACAACAACUUACACUCAAUAGCACCUGGAGCUUUCAUUGGUCUUGACUCCCUACUGCGUCUGCAUAUCAACAACAACAGGCUCACUACUGUUGACCCUCGCUGGUUCAGAGCUUUGCCCCAAUUAGAGGUUCUCAUGCUUGGGGGAAACCCUGUGGAGGCACUGCCUGAGCGCGGCUUCCUGGCCCUGAAAUCCCUCCGGAGUCUUGUCCUUGGUGGUAUGGGUCUGAGAGGCUUGGCUGAAAAAGCACUGGAAGGGUUGGAGGGCCUAGAAAGCCUCUCCUUCUACGAUAACCUGCUGACAAAGGUCCCUACUCAGGCCCUGAUUAGAGUGCCAGGACUGAAGUUCCUUGACCUCAACAGGAACUGCAUCAAACUCAUUGAGACAGGAGACUUCAGAGACAUGGUCCACUUGAAGGAGCUCGGCCUGAACAAUAUGGAGGAGAUGGUGUCCAUUGAGAGAGCCGCCCUGGAGAACCUUCCAGAGCUCACCAAGCUCGAAAUCACCAAUAACCCGCGACUGUCCUACAUUCAUCCACAGGCUUUCCUCCAGCUGAGCAGGCUGGAGAGCCUAAUGCUCAACUCCAACUCUCUGAGUGCACUUCACCAGCAGAUCAUGCUCUCCCUGCCGAGUCUUCAGGAGGUCAGCUUACACUCCAACCCACUGCGAUGUGACUGCCUGUUUCAUUGGGCCGCUAAGGAGGCCUCUCACUCUCACAUUGAAGACACACAAACAGACAAACAAACACCUCGGAUGGUGCGUUUCAUUCAACCGCAGGCCACACUGUGCUCUGAACCCCCUGAGCUGAAAGCUCGCAGGGUGAGAGAGGUAUCCUCCAGGGAGAUGUCGGCCUCAUGUCUCCCCAUGAUCCCUACCAACUCCAUCCCUUCCUACCUUGGGGUAAGAGAAGGAGGGAAACUAGUCUUGCACUGCCGAGCUCUGGCGGAUCCACAGCCUGAACUAUACUGGGUGACUCCCUCUGGACUGAGACUUGGUCCUGCACCGAGCCAUGCAUCCAAAGGUGUACCAGCUCCUGCUCCCUGCCACAGCCUGACCGCCUCUGAGGGAUUCAACCACACAUCCAGUAUCUCUCCCAGCCAGCCUCAAGAUGAUACUCCCUGUAACCCCUCCAAACACUACCGGCUGCUGCCUGAAGGAACUCUUGAAAUUAGCAAUGUUACCCUUGGCGAAGCAGGAUUGUAUACUUGUGUAGCUGAAAAUGCACUGGGAGCAGAUACACGCACUGUUACUGUGGGUGUGCAUACCAGAGGAAAGAAAAGAAAGAGGUGGAUGGCUGCUAAUAUGAAGGGAAAUCAGUUAUUGAAAGACGCCAGGUUGGAGGUGAGGGAUGUCGGACAACACUAUGCCAUCCUGUUCUUGCAUAGCGGGCGCAACCUUCCUUCGACUCGUCUAUCCUGGCAAGGCUUAUACUCAAAGAAACACACGCCGACAUACACCACACGCAUCCUGGUUGGUACUCAAAUUUUCAACUUGACCCACCUGCAGGCAGAGAAUUUUUACAGAGUAUGUCUACAUGAAGGGAUCAGUGAGGAUGUCAAGCAGGCCAGCAGGAGAUCAAGAAAGAGCAGAAAGCCUCGGUGUGUUUCAUUCAGGAUGAAGGAUGUCCCAGAUCCUCAGCCCAGCCUGUUGCUCAGCCCAGAGCUGACCUCCACCGCAAUCACACUAGUGCUCCUCGCACUCAUACUGCUGCUGCUGGCAGGCCAGGGCGGGUACAAUGUGCCUGGCGAGGGGGCAGGAAAGCACCACAGUACCAUUCUCAAGGAAAUCAAAAUUCCCAAGGUUCUGAUCAUCAAUCACACAGAAGGGAGCAACGCACAAUAGCGAAAGCAGGAUUGCUAAGAUAAUUAUGUUUGUGCACAUUCAAAUUUAAACAAAAACAUUGACACACACACACACACACACACACACACACACACACACACACACACACACACACACACACACACAAUGUACACAAUGUCAAAUAAACACUUUGUGAAACACAGCUAGAAGAGAGGAGUCAUAGAUCAGAGCAUUGGUGUCGAAAGAGAUGUGUAUUAAUUUUAUAUACCAUAUAUAGUAUAUAUUGACAUUGUGUCUGUGUUAAGAUGUAUUGUAAAUAAUGCCUAAACCCCAAACAAGGAAAUAAAAGUGGACAAUCAUUCUUCUGCAGCACAGAGAGUGAAUACAGACGAAACAAAUGAGUGUGAGCUGCCGAUGGACUGACCACUGGACCGAACCGAAAGACAACCUGAUUCAAUCCAAGGACAGAUAUUUGCAGAGGAGAGCAGCUCAGACCUCCAGGGUCUUUGUCAUGUUUCCUGUCUACAUAUCCACAGACUCAACCAUUCGUUCUCCAAGCAGAUGAAACUCUGUCUUGAGACUGAUACUGAAUGAAAUGAAUUUAUAUAAACAACCUUUUUGCUUAGCUUACAGUACCUUGGGUUGUACAUCUUGCAGUACAAAUACAGUGUACUGAUCCUGAUUCCCUGCCUAACGUCCCACAUCCUCUUUCAGCAUAUAAGUGAUCUAAAAGUGAUUGUGUUGAAUUCUAUUUUGAGCUAUUAUACAAUAAAACCUUUUUAAUUUACUCGGU